AUCGAUUAAAGGAUUAAUUGUGCAUAAAAUGCAGAAAGCAUCUAAAUGUACCCACAGGACGUGUGAGCACUGCAAAAACCAACCAAAUCCCCCGACAUAUUCAGAAGAUGAAUACGACUUCUUGGCGAAAGUUGUUCUGAUUGGCGACAGCGGUGUUGGUAAGAGUAAUCUUUUGUCAAGAUACACCAGAAAUGAGUUCAGUCUAGAGAGCAAGACUACGAUUGGAGUAGAAUUCGCCACCAGGAGUGUACACAUUAAUGGUCAAACGCUGAAAGCACAGAUCUGGGACACCGCGGGGCAGGACAGAUACAGAGCCAUUACUAACGCAUACUACAGAAAAGCUGUCGGCGUCGUGAUGGUUUACGAUAUUGCAAAACGGGUGACAUUUGAUAAUUUAGAUAAAUGGCUGAAGGAAGUGCGUGACUUUACCGAUGAUGACGUCAUUUUAAUGUUGGUAGGAAAUAAAACGGAUUUACGUCAUUUGCGUGCUGUGUCGUCACAUGAAGGUCAGCAGUAUGCAGAGAAAAAUAGAAUGUCUUUUAUCGAGACAUCGGCUUUAGACACUACACACGUGGAGACCGCAUUCCAGACAAUUUUAUCAGAAAUCUACUCCCUGGUUUCCCAAAAAGGCAUAAAGGACGAUACAGGUGGUUUCACACUCACCAGUGAGCUACAGUCGUAUGACGUCACAGAGACUGAAAACGAGAAGGACGGAAAGAGAAAGUGUUGUACUAUCAUGUGACACACUGUUUGUUACCCUGUAACAUACAGCAGUUAUCACGUGACAUGGAGUACAUUGUCAUGUGACAUAAGGCAUGUCAUCACGUGACCGGCAUUACAAUGACCACCAUUUGUUUUCAUUUCACAUGCUGACUUGUGUGCGUCCAAGAUCACAGUGGCUACUUAAAGAAAUACUAAUAUCAAAUCCAGCAUAUCUGUAGCAAGCUUUGAAUUUACCUCUUACCAUGAAAUGUAUUUUCUCUGCAUAUCUUAAAAAUCAAUUUCUGCUUUACUCCUUCUAAAUUAAUGUUAACAUCAUAUUUGUGUGUGAUCUCUCUUUAUUUGUGCGUAAGCUCGCCCAAGACCCACCAUAUAUUCUUGUAUAAGUUCAUAUCCAUGACAAUCCUAAAAGCUGCCUUGUAUUUAAUAAUAAGUUAUAUUUUAUAUGUUCUUGAUGUGUACUGACUUAAAUCAUGAAUCCUUAAACAGUAAGAGCUUUGUUUGCUGCUUCUGAAAAUUCCGCAUUGCUUUUAAAUCUUGACAUGCAUUUCCAUUUACAAAUAACUAUUUUCCAUCUUUUAAUUAACCUUCGUUCAAUCCGACACACUGUUUAUUCCUGCAUUUGUGUCAAUGUGCCUUAUGGAUUAGACAGGUUUCACUAGACUUUCCCUUUCUGAUAGGCUUAAAUGAAUGAUUGGCACAGAUAUGUUUUACAACAUUGCUUUAUUUGUUAGCUUUUCAGUGUGUGAGCGAUAAACUGCAUGACUGUGUUCAUUGAAAAUAUGUAAACAUUUUUUUUUAUAGAUAAUGUUUAGUUCUAAAUGAAGAAAUUCCAAGAGUGAAUUGCUGAUAGAGCAAAAAAUAAGAUAUGUAUUCUUGAGGAAAGAGAAAAAUCAGUAUCAUAAUGCUUAUUAUGUAUUUUUAUUGCUUACAAAUUAAUGUACGUUAUAUGUUAUAAUGUUAUGCAAAUAAAAAAAAUCCGGUGUUAAA